AUGGAUCUAGCGUACGACCACAUCCAGGAGGAUAUCUACGCUAAAAAGCCCGAGGGUUCAGAGUCCAAGGAUGGUUCCAAGCCUGAGCAAGCCCAGUCGUCGCUAAAUGAGGACUUCCAGGAAGCUUACAAGGCUUUCUCCAACAGCCCCUGGGGUGCUAGGAUCGGUGGGUUCUUGGGCAAUGUUGUCAAGCAGGGCGAGUCGGUGUACACACAAGCUUCCAAGGAGUUGGCUGAAGUAGGCGAAGAUGCGUCAAAGGGCCUGACAGGCCUGCGCGCAUCCAUCCUGAGCCACACGCGGAAUCUUUCCCUCAACCCGAGUACUACCGGCGAGAGCUCCAAGGAUGGAGAGGAGGACCCUUCUACAGCUACCAAGGCACGAGGAAGCGAGGAGGACGGAGAUGCGCUGGCACGUAUCAAGGCCGAGGCUGCGAAGCGACUGAAGGAUCUCCAGCGAGCUGAGGAUGCCGCUGACGAGGCCCUCAUCCGAUUCGGUGGCAACGUCCGCAACUUUCUCCGUGAUGCCAUUAGCAUCGCCCCUCCUCAGGCGUCUGACCAGAGCGGCACAGUUCUCUUUGAGAGUAAGGAUGCUCAGGGCAAGCGGGUGAUUCACACCUCUCGGUUUGACGCCCAGCUGCAUGUAAUUCAUACUUCGACCGAAAGCUUCACCAAGGACCCCAACAGCGCCGAGUAUGAGACUUGGUCCAAGGAAUUCGAUGCCGACAAGAAGACACCCGAUAUCAACAGCGAUCUGCAGAAAUUCCCCGACCUUCGAGCUACCAUGGAGAAGCUGGUUCCCGACCAGGUUCCUUACGUUGACUUUUGGAAGCGAUACUAUUUCCUUCGCCACGGUAUUGAGACAGCUGAAGCUAGACGACGGGAUCUCCUCAAGGCUGCCUCUACUGAGGACGAGGUUGGCUGGGAUGACGACGAUUCUGAUUCCGACGAAGAUUCUGAUUCCGACGACGAGUCUAGCGACGACGACGACGGCACCCCCGUGGCCAAGACCGAACCCAAGACUGCCUCUGCCGCAUCCUCGACGACCAUCCAACCUCCUGCGCAAAAGCUCCUGAAGCCGACCGAAGCCCGCAAGUCCAACGACGAAAAGUCGCAGGCCGAUAGUGAAGCUAGCUACGACGUUGUCGGCGCGACAUCUGGCAAGACGACCCAGACUCCCAACAGCCCUAAGGACUCUAAGAAGGAGGAGGAGUCCGAAAGCGAGGAGGAAAGCGAUGACGACUGGGAGUAA